CUCCGCAGGGAAAUCGGAGGCUGCCGGGCGCGGACGCCGGGAGGGAAAGGCAUCCGGAGGGAAGGCUCGGGGCCGCUGUCGAGUUCCCAGAGGCCUGCCCUGUUCUGCCAGCCGCCCCGCCGCGGGCGAUGCUCGGAUGCCCCUGCUACGGCUUCGCCAGCAGGAAACUUUACCCGGAGAAGUCCCCCACCCUCCUGACCGCGCGGAGAGGCGCCUGGCGGGCCGCGCGCCCCCGGGGGCCCCGCAGCCCCGCGCGUGAUUGCGGGGGCCCCCAGGCGCCUGGCGCACGCCGCGCCCCGCCGUGCGCGAGCGGCCGCCAGGAUGCGCUACGCGGACCCCUCGGCGAACCGGGAUUUGUUGGGGAACCGAACUUUGCUCUUCAUCUUCAUCUGCGCCUUCGCCUUGGUGACCUUGCUGCAACAGAUCUUGUAUGGCAGGAACUACAUCAAGAGAGGUCUCCAGUUUGGUUGGCAGAGUGGUGACCAGCUGGCCAAUUGGACGGGGCUCUUUAAUGUCAUGGACGACCCAGCAGUGCAGAGUGGCAGUGACUCCAGCUCCAGGUACUUUGAAUUUUACGAGGGCCCUUUUGAGUAUAACUCCACGAGAUGCCUGGAGCUGAGGCACGAGAUCUUGGAAGUGAAGGUGCUUUCCAUGGUGAAGCAGUUGGAGCUGUUCGACAGGUGGAAGAGCCUCCAGAUGUGCAAAUGGGCGAUGAACAUCUCUGAAGCCAACCAGUUCAAGUCCACUCUGUCCAGGUGCUGCAAUGCCCCCUCCUUCCUCUUCACCACCCAGAAGAACACGCCCCUGGGGACGAAACUCAAGUAUGAGGUGGACACCAGCGGCAUCUACCACAUCAACCGGGAGAUCUUCCACAUGUUUCCCAAGGACAUGCCCUACUACCGGUCCCAGUUUAAGAAAUGUGCCGUGGUGGGCAAUGGGGGCAUCCUAAAGAACAGCCGCUGCGGGAGGGAGAUCAACAGCGCCGACUUUGUCUUCCGGUGCAACCUACCCCCCAUCUCGGAGAAGUACACCAUGGAUGUAGGGGUGAAGACAGAUGUGGUCACGGUGAACCCCAGCAUCAUCACAGAGAGGUUCCACAAGCUGGAGAAGUGGCGGCGGCCCUUCUACCGGGUGCUGCAGGUGUACGAGAACGCGUCCGUGCUGCUGCCUGCAUUCUACAACACGCGCAACACCGACGUGUCCAUCCGCGUCAAGUACGUGCUGGACGACUUCGAGUCGUCGCAGGCCGUGUACUACUUCCACCCGCAGUACCUGGUCAACGUGUCGCGCUACUGGCUCACCCUCGGGGUGCGCGCCAAGCGCAUCAGCACCGGCCUCAUCCUGGCCACGGCGGCGCUGGAACUGUGCGAGGAGGUGCACCUGUUCGGCUUCUGGGCCUUCCCCAUGAACCCCUCGGGCCUCUCCAUCACCCACCACUACUACGACAACGUCAAGCCCCGCCCGGGCUUCCACGCCAUGCCCUCCGAGAUCUUCAACUUCCUGCACCUGCACAGCCGCGGCAUCCUGCGCGUGCACACGGGCACCUGCAACUGCUGCUGAGGGCGGCGCAGGCUGCCCGCCAGCCCGGCACACGGAACCUCGCUCCUCGCCUGCCCACCCGCAGGGCAGGGCGAAGGCCUGGCACUGAGGCUGGCACGCCCUCGGACGCUCGGCUUCGGGCUUGGGUCCUGUGGGCUAAGGGCCAGGCAGAGUCAGCUCCGUGCCGAGCGCCCCCCACCUGCGCACGGGUAGCGCACUGCUGGGCCACACCUCCAGGUCGCGGCCCUGGGGAUUGCAAGUGAAUCAAGCACAUUUCCACUCAGUUUUAGCAACCAAGAGAGCACAAACUGUAAGGCCUCUUUGCAGCUAAAGGAAGGCCCCAGCGGGAACGGAAAAGAGGGAGACAGGACAUGUGAGUAUGGUUAAGAUUUAACUCAGGACUUUGGGUUCCUGAGUCUUAUACCCAGGCCUCAGCCCUGAAUUGUUGUAGAGAACCUCAGAGCUUAGAGGCCAACCCAGCGGCCAGACCUUCCUGUGGGGACAAUGGCUCAGAGAGGUCCAGGGAUUAUCAACCAAGGUUCCACCAACCGAGUCCAUUAAGCGGCGCUGUGAGAUCUGAUGCAAGGCCUGUGUGUUAUGAUCUUCACCAAGACACUGUCAGCCAAGGAGAGCCACACCCUUCAAACACAUCCUCAGGCACACACACAAGUCUUGGUGCCUCCAAGUUCAAUCCUGCGUUUGAUCUUUUGAUGAGAAGGAAAUAAACCAGACCAGCCGUUUGCACUAAGGUUUCCAAGCCAAUGUUAUCGACUCAAUAAGUGCUUAGCGACUUGCUUCCUCUUCUGUUUCCUUAUCUUCAGCUCUGUUUUAACCAGGAGUUAUUUAUAAGAUCCGUCCCUCUGUGUGUUCCUGAAUACUGCAGAAUCCUGCUGUAUAAUGUUCCUGAAUUGGAACCGUAAGGCUCCAGACUGGAAAGCGCUGACAUGUGACUGGUGAGCUUAGCGAUGGAAGUGAACCAUGGUCUCUGACACCAGCAUCACUGAGGUUCUACUGUAAAGGCGGGACUUCCCACAGCACUCAGCCCGGUGGCCUUCACACGCAUGGACCCACAGGGCCUCUGCUUUGGGAAGUCAGCUGUAGCUAGGCUAAAAGGGGUUCACAUGUCAUUUCACAUCCCUUUGCUUCCCCCGUGGUAUUUCCACCAUGAAUGCGGCUGUGCCUAAUACACACCGUUGGUGAAUUGCCUUAGAAUUUAGCUUUGUGGAAUCGUAGAAUAUUAGUCCUGAAAGACCUUCAGCUCCCUCCCUCCUCCUUCCUUCCCUCCCCCCUCCCUUCUUUCCUCCCUUCCUCUUUCCUCUCACCCUUCUUCCCUUCCUCCUUUCUCCCCUCCUUCCCAUAAACAUUUCCCCAAGCCUAUUCUGCUUUGGGUUGGGGCCGGGCUUGGGAAGACAUGAUGACACAUAAAGGCAGUGUCUCUGUCUUCUAGGAGUGGAGGGCAGACCAUAGACAAAUUCUGGCCCCGCCCACUGGGUGUUCAGAGGGGGAGGGACUGUGAGAGCACAACACAGCAGGGAACGGGACCUUUCAUCCGAUCACCUCAUUUUACAGGCAGAGCAAUAGGCCCAGCUGGUGAGAGACAGGAGGGCACAGGCCUUGUCCCGGGCCCCCAGGCUCCCCAUCCAGGGCAGAACCCCUUCCUCUUGCCUGGAUUUCAUGUUGGUGGGCCAGUAUGGAGCAAGUGCUUCAUGCACGACACUGUUCUAGAUGCUGGCCUUGGUUCUGAGCUCUGGUCCUCACUGGGAAACCCUGGGGCUGCUCUGAGCCUGUCUGCUUGUCUGCAGAGCAAGGAAGUAGCCAAUGAGGUAAAUUAAGCCCAAGCACUUGGCGAACCAGGAAACACUACUAAGGAUGGUGGAUGGUUAUGCUUCCUUGUGCUCUGCCUAUUUCUCCGAAGGAAGGAACGUCUGGAAAGAUUCCAGUUAACUGAGGUUUCCAGCCACUUGUUUAUGGUUAAUUGAGCCCCUUUCUUGAAACUACAGAACGUCAGAACUGGAAGGCUCUUAAAGACCAUUUUGUCUCACAUAAGGAAACAGGCCCAGAACAGGGAGGUGAUCUGGGUCAAGUCGUGCCAGGGGCUGUAUUGAGUGCCUGCUGAGGAUAGAACCCUCUGCCAGAAGCCCUCUGUUUCUGUUCCAGAUGGGGCAGUGUUUGGGGGCAAGAGCCUUGGUGAGUCAAAUACCACGGUUCUCACAGCCAAGGGUGUCAUGGGCUGGUGUCUGCCCCAGCCAGGUCCCCUGUAGGGGCUGGGGAUGGAGCAUCAUGACCCACCCUGUGAAGGAGCUGGACUCCUUGCUCUCGGUCCUAUUUAAGUCUCUGGGUCUUAGGGCAAGUCCCUUCCCCUCCCUUAGGGUCUCCGUUUCCUCAUCUCUACAACUAAAGGCUUAAAGAAUAUCCCUAGGGUCUCUGUAAUCUUUAGUUUUAUUUAAGUUUUUGGAAGUACUCAUGAUGUAUGGAUCUAAGCCAUAAAUAAUAUUUAUUACUAUAAUAGCUAAGAUUUACUGCACGCUCAUUCUGUGUCAGGCCCUACACUGGGCACUUUCUUUGCACUGUCUCCUGUGAUCAUCACAAGACCCCCUUGGGUAAGAAGGCUCCAUUGGGCAGGUGGGGAAACUGAGGCUCAGAGCCAUUCAGUCUCUUGCUGAUGGCCAGGCACCCAGUGGAGGAAACGGCACCUGCGUCUGUAGAACCCCAAAGCCUGUGCUCCAAACCUGUCUUAGCCGCUUCCUAGCCAGUGUCACCAAGGCUGGAACAAGAGGGAUCCUGACUGAGAGGCCACUGUAGGGUGGUGCUGGGCCCCGCUCUAGGGACAGUGCUCUGGGAGGCUGUUAUGGGUCCAGGAGGGAAGCUGCUUGUAGGUGCUCCCCCACCCAUCCAGCCCUGGCCCUGGCAGCAGUACAGAUGCACCCACAGUGCAAUGUAUGCAGGGGAGUUGAGGCCGUCUCCACAUUUUGCAGAAGGGGUACAUAUUAAAAGAUAGCAUGUUGGGGGACUUGCCCAAGGCCACAUGGCUGGCUAGUGACUCAACUGGGACUCAGCCUCCUGACUUCCAGGCUACACGUUUCUCCUGCAGCCAGUGUUUGUAGGCAAUGCACCUUUUCAAAGGCUCAAAGAGACCUGGGCAUUGACUCAGGAAGCCCCACCCCACCACUUUCCUCGCAACUCCACCCCCAUCCCACCAUGCAGACUACCAGUGACACUCUUGUAUAAGGGAAAUCAAUUCCCCAAAACAAGACAACCAUCCUGUCUUCCUUUGUGCUAAGCCCACUGCUCCAGGCUUGAAAGGCAGCAAAAACAAGUAAACGACUCGGUGCUCAGCCAAGCAAAAAGGAAGGUGGCUCAAGGUCAGAUGUGGCCUCUGAGACCGUUUCAGCAAUGCUGCUGCGGCAACUCUGCCCACUAAUCGCCUGGUGCUGCAGAGAGCAGGGAGCCCAUUGCCCUUGACUCUGCUGAGUAUGGGGGGGAAGCGGUGGCAGCACUUCCUGACAACGGAAGGACAGCACAGAGCUGGCUUCAGCCAGGCAUUCAGCAAAUUGUUACUGAGUGCUCAUUUUGUGCUGGGCAUCGUGUGAGGGGCUGUUGAACUAGUGAUGAGCAGAAUGUAGCCCCAGCCCUCUUGGAGCUUAUGAUCCGGUGGGCAUGUCCAGAUGCUGAACUGAGUCCCCCAGGCACACGUAGGAGCUGAGCUGAGUGCUAGCAAGUCUGGGCUCAGAGACAGCACUAGAGGAACACCAGGCCAUGCCGGGGUCAGUCCUGAAUUCUGAAGGCUGGCAGAAUGAUUGUAAUUGUCAAAGCAGUGGAUCCAUGUCAGGCCUCAUCCUCAACAUCCAUGUGACGUGUGACAGGGUGACCACACUGGUCUUUUGAGUCCUCUCUUCCUUUUUAUUUUUUUUAUAAGGAACCACUUUCCCCCGACUUUCCUCCUGACUCUCUGAACGCUCCUGCUCAGGCUUCUUUGUUGACUCAUCUUCUGUGAAGCUUCCUCAGGGUUCUUCUCUCUUUCUAGGAGCAUUUCUGCAGAAAUCACAUCUGUUCAGCCUCAAAUCUCUCCUGUCCUUGCAUCUUACAUCCCUCUCCUGGAGGCCGUUUCUCCCUUGGAGCAUCAGGAACGCGCUUGCCGUGGCCGUCUGAAUGUCUGUACCUGCUCAGCAUCUCAGACCUCACAUGUCUUCAACUGGUACAGUUAAAAGGACAAUCUGGAUUCAAAGUCAUGUGCCCUUACUUACUAGUGACCUUGGGGGAGCUACCAAAGCCCCUGGAGGCUCUGAUUCAUCAGCUGAGGUUGAGGCCAGGACACCAGCCUCACCAGCUGUGGAAUAGGGUUGCACAAUGCCUAGCACAGUGCCGGCACAAACUAGACACCCAGAGAGCAGUUUCCCUCUUCCUCCUUUCUUCCCCUGCUGAAUGGCUCUACCACAUCACUGGCCCUUCAGCCCCAAACCUGGGUCACUCUUGGCUCUUGUUUCUCCUUCGCUUUCUAUGUCUAUUUGUUCACCAAAUUUUAUCAAUUCUGAUUCAUAAAUAUCCCUUGAAUUCAUUCCCUACCUGCAUUCCUUCUGCCAUGGCCCUAACUCAGACCCUUUUGACUGACCAUUCUGCCUCUAGAGAAUUAACUUCUGGAAACACCUUUGGUGGAGCCCAUUGCCAUCUUAUACCAUAUAGUCCAGAUUCCUUACCCAGAUGUGCAGAGCAUGUCCCAAGCUGGCUCACUCACCUUUCCAGAGACCCUCCUGCCAGCACCAUCCCUCUAAUACUCCUCUAGGUGCUGUGCCUUUGCACAAGCUAUUGGAAAUGCCUGGAAUGGCCCCACAUUCCAACCUCCUCCCUCCUCCCCUUUACCCCACCACUUUUGCAGAUAAUGUCAGGUGAUGGUCCCCGCCUCUUCCCCUCUGUGAAGCUGGGCUGGGCACUCUCUGUGCUUCUGCAGCAACCAUCACUGACUUCUGUUAGGACGUCCUCACAGCAUACUACAUGGGUGCCCCUGUGUCCUUGCCCGAGGGCCUGUCCUUUCCCCAGGGGAAUGCACUGUAUCUGGCUCAUCUUGGUGCCCUCAGCACUGGCACAGAGCCAUGUGUUAACUAUAGCAGCGGGGUCUCUGGUUAGCUGGUGGGUUCCAGUGGUUCAGGAGACCCCAUUAAUAAACCGAGUAACACCCUGGGGUAAUUGUCAGCUUAAGAGAGUACUCUGCUGAUUUUUUUUUUGCCUGGUACCGUCUAUGUGGGAAGCACUGAGCUAUACAAAGACUUCCCCACCUGCCCUUGGGGAGUUUGGGGCGCAGGAGGCUGAAAUGUCCCUGUUGCAGUUGCUUGCCGGUUCCAUCACCCAGUCUCCGCUACCUUCUUUUUGCCUCCUCCCAUUAUAAUCUUGCUCAUCUGCUUCUUGCCUGUUCUUCAACCCUCUUUCUCUAGUUUAAACAAAAGAGGGAAAGAUUUUCUUUUUUCCCUUCCCUCCUUCAGAACCAUAGAGAUUUGUCAGGAUCUGAAAUCGCUGUGCUGAGGUACAAGCUGGGUAGCAGUAUACGAGGGACUUAUCAAUAAUGGCUCAAGAACAAGUGGAAAGUGCUUUAGUUAUUGGCUGGGAAACAGAUGAGUUGAGCUUUGCAGAAUGUCCACUCCAGUUGCCCAGUGGAAGGCCAGGAGCUUGGGGGUCUCCCUGUGGGGAGGGGAUGGUGCUGCUCUGAGCUCAACACACACCCUGGCCUCUCUCCCUGCAACCAGGGCACCCUUCUAGGAGGAGGCUGGCUGUGGCUUACAGCCAGGUGAGGCCAGGCUCGGGUGUGCCGAUGCCCAGGGUGUGCCCUGUUCUCUUUGUUCUUUGGAGGGCUGGUCAAGCCAGGCCAGUCUGAGGUUGAUUACAUCCUACAAGGCGUCCUGAUAAAGCAGUGUGUUCUUCAAAGGGUAGACUGUAGAUCACCUGUAUCAGAAUCCCCUGAGUGUUUGUUAAAACCCCUGCCUCUGGACUCAGAACCUGGGGGAGGGGUGGUGAUGCUGAGCAAUCAGCACUGUGACAUCUCCCGGUGGGUGGUCUUGGAGCCCAUGUCCGCUGGGGAACUGGGCUCUGCACCGCUUGUGGGUCAGUGGCUACUGCCAGGUGAGUGGUGAUGUCUGGCUUGAUAUUCAGACUGGAGCCUUAAGUGAUAAAAGAGCAACACCAAGAAUCUGGCACACAACUUCAGCGAGUUCUGGAAAUAUGAAUAUAAAAUAUAGUCCACUAUUAAAUUAGCAACAAAAAUUAACUGCUCAGGAAUCUAUGACACUUAUGAAAUCUGUUUUGGCCUUGACACUAUCAGAGAUUUUUUUUUUUUCUAUUCUUCAACUGUGGUAAAAUAUACAUGAGAUUUACCAUCCUAGCCAUUUUUAAGUGUGCAGUUCAGUAGUGUUAAGUUGUGCAGCCAAUCUCGAGUUCUUUUUUAGUUGCAAAACUCAAACUCUAUACCCAUUAAAGGACAAUUCCCCAUUUCCCCUCCUCCCAGCUCCUGGCAACCACCACU